UUUGUGCUCUGUCACUUUACUUUUUCUUUUAAAGUAAUAUCAGUGAUCUGCUGUAUUUUUCUAUUCUUAUAAUCUUUUCUUGAACGUUUUAUCGCAUGCUCAUUUUUGUUAUCGAUGGAGUCAUCAUUGAUUGCCGAGGAAAAAAAAAAUGUCAAUUAUUUUGGGAGAAAGGAAGAAAGCCGCUGCCAUUGUAUGUGGUUCUCCCUCCCUCCAUGUAGUCGAAACCCUAGAAAACUAUAAACGAAGAUGGAGAAGACGAGUGAUUCACUUCCCAAAGAGAUCAUAUUCGAAAUACUCUCAAGACUCCCUCUGAAAUCGGCGUGCAGAUUCCGAUGCGUCUCCCCUCUCUGGCUCUCUAUCGUCUCCGAUCCUCAAUUUGUCGAAGCCCACUACACUCGGACGUUAUCAUCAGCUGAUCCAAAGGUGUUGAUUCGUAUCUCCCCCUCCAAGGAUGCCGGCCUCAGGGCAUUGAAACAGGAAUCGCAUUUCUUCUUGGCGGACCAUCCCCGGCACCGCGGACAGAUUACCGCGUCAUUUUGCGGCAAAAUCUGCCAUGGGAGCCGGGGCUUGGAUGAUGUUUCUCAGUCAUCCGGUGGCCUGAUUGUUUGCAAUGGAGAGCACGAUGACGGCUUCACAGUCUUCAACCCUAGCACCAGGGAGUUUGUUAAGAAUGCUCUCUGGGGCCGGAGCAGAGUAUACCUCGGGUUCGAUCCUCUUGGUAGGAAGCAUAAGAUUCUCCACUCGUGUGUGUUCAACAGAGGUAUCCAGUCGUCGCGGUUCAUAUCGACGCUCGGCGAGACGGAGUGGAGGCAAAUACAAGACGUCCCUAUCCAUUUUAAACUGGAGAUAUUUUACCCUUCUAUAUGCAUCGAUGGAGUGGUUUACUACAUUGGUCGGUUGAAGGAAGGCGGCUCCAUUUGCUUGAUGGUGAUUGAUGUCAAGUCGGAAAGUUUCUAUAUGGUUCAGCUCCCCCUGAUGAUAUUUUCGAGUUGCACAGAAUUCAGUGGUCGAUUUGCAGUACUUCAUUACUCUUGUUUCCUGGGACCCCCGCAGGGCGAGAUCGUUAUGUGGAUAUUGGAGGAUGUUCACGAGCAGGUCUGGAGCUGCAAGAGAUUCCCUGUGCCGCCGCUUCCGGAUCUUGGCGACCUGGGCCCCGGACAUGAUUUCUCCUUUGCGGGCAGCACUCGCGGAGGAGAGCUAGUGUUUGCGCCGCACUUCUUUGUCAGGGACUCAUAUACCUUGCUUUUCUGCAAUCUGGAGAAUCACAGCUGCAGGAGAGUCGAAGUCCGUGGCCUCCACGAGCAUCUCCCUGCCUCACGCAUGGGGUAUGAAGUAAGUGUUUGCGAUCACGUGGAAAGUCUGCGACCUGUCAGAGGAGGCUAGCGUCCCUAGUCCCGUCUCAGUGCUCAUCGUCAUCAAUCUUCCUGCAGCGUAUUUAACCGAAGUCUCAUACCGAGUUCUUGGACUAGAUGCACCGUUUAACUUCAAACGCGAAUUCGUAAAAUGAUAUCCAUUUAAUAUGGAUGACCUGUGACUGAUCGGGUAUAUGAUAGCAAAUUGAAUUGUUCUACUAUUAUGACCUAUCAGAGGUGGAGGUUCGCAUCCCUAGUCCUGUCUCAGCGCUCAUCCUCAUCGUCAUCCUGCAGCAAAUUUAGCUAAGGUGUCGUACCAUGUUCCUCGGAUUAGAUACAGCAUUAAUCUUUGCAAGACAACCCUUUGGAAAUUCGAGCUGCUUAGUUAUCUUAUAAUCGAUCAACCGUAUGUUCUUUCUUAGAUUUACCAAUGACGGUGAUUGAGACUGCGUUGUGUGAUAUUGUCAGUCAUAUUUAUUUCAACCAUUGUGUGGAUCCUGCUGUUUCUGCAGUUGCUGGAAUCAUUGUGUAUGCUGUAUAAAUACAGAGGAGGACAUCUCUUCACACCAGGGUUCUUGGCAUUCGGCAAACGGUAGCCAUUUCAUAUUGUUCGUUUUUCCAUAAGAUUGAUAUGGAACUCAGAAAAAUGUGAUGUAAUAAUCUUGCAUGAAUGAAGAAACCACGAACUUUGUUU